AUGAUGAAAGGUCUGGGCUUUUUCCAUAUCUAUGCGUUCCUGGCCGGCUGGCCGCCCGGCGCCGCAGGUGGCAUCCAACAGCCACUGGGAGGCGCAUCUUCGUCUCUUGUCGAGCGUCCAUCCAUCACUGGCUCGGAAGGCAAUGUAUCUCCGUUCCUGAAGAGCUACCUGGAGGAGAAGGGGUUUACUGUGGAGAUCCAACCUGUUGUGGAUGACCGAGAAAAUGUCUUUGCUUAUCUCGGCGACUCUAGAAAUACUCGGAUUCUCGUGACGUCGCAUAUUGACACGGUCCCGCCUUUCUGGCCAUAUGAGAGAAAGGGUGAUGAGAUUUGGGGGCGUGGUACUGUCGACGCGAAGGGUAGCGUGGCAUCCCAAAUCAUCGCGGUCGAGUCGCUUGUUCAAGCAAGCCAGAUCAAGGAAGGCGAUGUUGCCCUGCUCUUCGUCGUUGGUGAAGAGAGCGGUGGCGCUGGCAUGAAAGCGGCGAACAACCUUGGUUUGACCUGGGAGACGGUCAUCUUUGGAGAGCCUACAGACCUCAAGCUUGCUCGGGGCCACAAAGGAGUGACUGGGGGAACCAUACGAGCAAAGGGGAUAGCGGGCCAUUCGGGAUACCCUGAAGUAGGCAGGAAUGCUAUUGACCACCUCGUUCGCAGUCUGGCUGCAUUGCAGGAUGUCCAACUUCCAUGGAGUGAGCGGUUUGGCAACACAACGAUCAACAUUGGCAAGAUCGACGGUGGCGUGGCCUCCAACGUUAUUCCUGAAGAUGCAGUGGCGACAGCCACAGUCAGGAUUGCAGCAGGGACUCCAGAAGAGAUACAAGAUCUGAUCAGAAGAACUGUCACCGAGGUUUCACCACAUGUUACAAUCGACUUCAGGGUCGGUAUUGGGCCUGUUCCCAUCGACUACGAUAUUGAUGGAUUUGAAACAUUUGUGGCACGAUAUGGCACGGAUAUCCCAAGCUUGAAAGGGGAUCAUAAGAGAUAUCUCUACGGCCCGGGAAGCGUCCUUGUGCCUCAUUCUGAUCACGAACAUCUGAAAAUUUCAGAUUUGGAAGCUGCAGUCGAAGGCUACAAGGUUCUUAUCACAGAGUCCUUGAAGCGAAACACACGACACUAA